CUCACUUCUAAUCUGCUCGCUUGCUACUGCAUGGUUGUUUGACGACCUCGCUCCUUGCUUGAACACACAUACACCUCCUACCUCCUGGCUGGUCCAACAAAAUCGACGACGAUUAAAAAUCUCUUCCCGACCCAAGCCUCCCUUAUCGACCACAUCUCGGCAUCUCCGCCGAGCUCACCGCCCCCCACCCUACCACCACCACCCCACCUACCUACCUCUUGGCCAUCGUUGUGGCCGUUCCGAAUCACCUCCACGAACUACACGCCCCCCACACGCUCUCUAUCGCUACGAAACGAUCCGCUCGCUCGCUCGCUCGCCCGCCCACUGCACAACGACAAUCACCAAGCCGACGCUGCGCGCACCCCACACGAACAGACACACUUGCUGAUCCCCUCCUUUGACCCACACCGCUUCCGACACCAGUAUAGUUGGAUCAGCCAGCUAGCCUCUAGCCUCCUCUCGCAGUCAACAACUGCCGACAAACAACCCCAACAAGAACAGACCGCAAGGCCGCUCCGCCACUUUUGCAAUGAUGCUUCGACGAAACCAGCGCACCUCGCCAGUGACCCCGCCAAUGACCCUGCCACACGGACCCAAGGCAUUUGCGUUAAAUGAGUCGGGCAAAGGGCCCGUCGACUAUCCUGACAAGGUGGCCGCUUUGAUCAGGUCCGACUGGCCCUCUGCGCAACCGCUCGACUCUGAUCCUGAGCCAACUACGCCCGAGCUCGAGGUCCCAAAGACGGCACUUGCUCUGCACUCCAUCUGCCGCGGCGGCAGCGCGGCAGGCGCAGCUCUUGCUGCUGCUGCACCCGUAGCAGCUGGCACGACACCAACACGUCCUCCUCGCAGCUCUGCACGCGCCCCUCUGCCUCGACUCACUACCAGCCCUUCGCUCCCUCUUCACCACCCCGUUCCCGUCAACCUCGGCGCAUCCCGCCAAACAUCUUCUCUCUACUUUAGCACCCUGUCAUCCCCCGACAGUGCCCUCCUCUCCGACAUCUGCUCAGACUCGGAACAAUCAACCACCUACCACUCUACGGCAUUCUCACACGACAACAACGGUGGUUCAGACUCGCCGGCCCCGCCUUGGCCUCGUCGCCAGAGCGAGAGCAGCAGCCCUACCACCGCCUGGCCAUCUCCGCCCUCACUCUACUCUCCGUCUGCGACGAGUGCGAAUGACAGCAUGACACUUGCGUCACCGCCGCCGCCGCUGCCCCCGACUCUGCCGCCCCGCACAAUCACCUGCACCACCGAUGGUGAAGAUGAGGGCCCCACCCGUACCCUGUGGACGCAGUCGGUGUCGCGUUCAAAGAAGAUGCUGAGGUCAAAGGACAGCGCCUCGUCUUCCUCUUCUCGUCGACGCGUCAAUUCUGCCCCUCCUUCUCCGACUACGCCCGCACAGACUGCUUUCCCGGGCCCAAGGCCAGACUCGCCAGACUUUGCUCGAUCAAGCUCCGACCACACGCACUCGAGCAUCGAACCGCGUUCAAGUCUGGAACAGCUCUCGAGCGUCGAGCGCUUCUCUAUUACAGAUCGUAGUCUGGAUCGGCACUCGCUCGACCGCAGGUCGAGCUACGAUCGCCAGUCGAGUGUUGAGCGGCGCCGCUCAAGUGUCGAAUCUACCCAGUCUGGGCCUUCCAUCAGAGUCAGCGAGAACCGCCGUGGCGUCCCCAGACUGUCCUUUGCAAACGGCGUUUCGAGUUUGCUCGGGCCUCCGCUCCCCAGCUUUGAUCACAACACGCCGACAACAGCUGGAUCUGCUCGUACAAUCACCGACUCGACGCCCACUUCUCCACGUCACCUUGACGGCUCACUCAGCUCACCAACCGCUUCCGAACAGUCGCCCAUCUCUCGCAAGCGCCGCCUCAACGCUAUCAGAGGUCUCGUCAAGACGCUCAACUUUGAGCAGCCCUGGAGCAUUGUCGAGAAGUCGGACGCCAGCGGUAGCGACAGUGUCUACUGGGCGCAGGGUGGCGAGCCGCCCCAGCUCAGCCGCCUUUCACUUGGCCACAAGUUCCAGGCUGCCGAUCUCUCCUCCAUCACCCCAUCAAACGACAGCACCGUCUCACUGCCGCCCAGCCAGUUGCCCGACGCCGAGUCUGACAACAGGUUGCGACGCACCCGCAAGUUUAGUCGAUCCAUGGUCAAUGUGGUUGAGAACCGUGACCUCGACGCGUCUAAUCCUGCCGGCUGGCCAGUGCGUCCUUUGUCCAGAGGUCCCGAACAGUGGACUGAGCGACCGAUUUCACCCCCAAUGGGCCUCGCACCACUGGAAAAGGUCAAGUCGCUCGCGGCUGCGGCCGUCGCGGCGGCGUCGACACAGGCGUCGCCCCCUCGCAUCGUUCAGCGAGUAAACUCGGUCGCACUGAAAAAGAAGCCAUCGACAACACGCCUCAACGCACCAGCAGUGCCUCGCCAGCCUCCGCGUCCGUCACGCCAGCGCAAAGAGUCGUUUGCCGUCGCCCACUCGGGUUACAGCAAGUCGCUUCGCCCCACAACGCCACUGCCCUUUGACGACGAGGACUCUGCGCCGUCCUGGCGCGAGUCACUGGCCAACGACGGCGUGUACAAGAAAAUCUUCGAGUCUUUUGAUGGCCCCAACGAGAUCAACCGCCAGGAGGUCAUGUGGGAGCUGUGCGAGACGGAAGCCGCUUUUGUCCGCUCCUGUCGGGAUGUGCUGCGAUUGUUUGUCACGCCACUUCGCACUCCACACGGCGACUGGAUGUCGGGCGUGCCACCGGGCGCUUGCAAGCUGUUCGAGUCACUCGAGAUGAUCACCCAGACGCACGCCGAUAUCUCCACCUCGCUGCAUCGCCUGCGCCGCCGAUCCAACGAGAUCCUCGACGUCGGCGACUUUGUCAAUCAGUUUGGCUUGUGGGUGGCGCGAUUGGCGUGCCACGAGCCCUACCUUGUGCUGUUCAACCCGAUUUGCCAGCUCAUUGAAGAGUCGAGCCGAGACGACUCGAGCACGUUUGGCGAGUUUUUGCGCAUGCAGACGCGCGACAAGGCGCUCGGCUCGCUCAGCCUCGGAAGCAUGCUUCUCAAGCCUGUGCAGCGCUUGACCAAGUACCCCCUCUUCCUCAAGCGCCUGCUUGACGCCACACCCUCGUCGCACCCUGCCCAUGAGGCGGUUGUUCACCUGAUUGACACGACGGAAGUCAUCCUGGCCACGCUGCAGGACACCAAGGGCCGUUCGGACGAUUUCCAGCAGUUGACCGCCCUUGAAGCCACGCUGGACGGGCUUCCCGCUGGAUUCGUGCUGGCCACGCAUGGACGUAGGCUUAUCGAUAGAUCCCAAGUCGUCCGCAUCUUCAAGGACAGUGCACCCACGACGCCAAGCUUGAGUCGUGCUGGCAGCGUGCGCUCUCUUCGCCAAACCUUUGGUGGUGGUGGCAGCUCGGCCGCGCCGCGCGCAUCCGACUCUUCCACCCACACGGCCUCGUCGGGUCACUUGGAGACACCUUCGCAGGGUCUCUGGUCGACUACCCCUUCGUCGGUGGCUUCUUCUAUCCGGUCCCCAUCGGUCCGGUCUUCCUCUCGGGCGACUUCGCCCAUCCAGCAAAAGGACCGUCCUCUGACGUCGGUCUCACGAUCACCCUCGUUUACUUCCAUCAUGGAGAAGCCUAUUUCACCCCCACGCAGCUUUGGUUCUAUCCGCAAAAUCCGUGGCGAGGAUGCCCUCACGCUCCUCGUCUUCAACGACAUGGUUCUUCUCGCGGCGCCUGUGAGCGAACGCCCAGGCUUCUUCCGUUACAAGGCUCGCAAAGCCGAGCCCGUGCGCUUCCGCGUUGUCGCGGCGGCAGAUGGCGGCCUGGGAACUGUCGACGACGUGCGCGAAGUGUCUGGUUGGGGCAACUACAGCCAGGCCUUUGCCCUUGCAGUCCAGGCGCCGAGCGGCCGCAGCACCGUUGCCACGUACGCACUUGCACCAUCGUCCACGCUGCCUCGCCGGGCUCAGAGAUCACCGUCGCUGUCGGCGCAGCUGCUCGAGACGAUUGAGCAGGUUGUCGGGUAUAUCAAGGCGACACGGUCGCCUGCGAGCUCGACGCACACCACCGACGUCGACGACGAUGAGUAAAGACGAAACAAAAAACAGGGCGAGGAUGGAGUAGCCUGUGUGUGUUUGUGUAUCGCGUGACGACCUUGUAAGGAACGUUGGGGGUUAGCUGUGGUCAGUAGAGAAGGCAUGAAUGUUG